CCUAUUAUGGUAUCCGACGGAUGGUUGCGGAGGGAGUUAUACUCGAUCCGACAGUAUUCGGUAUCAUAAUAAACGUCGGAUAAAGCAGUAUGCGGAUCGAUAAUGUGGUUUACGGAUCGAUUAAAAAAAAUGGCAUUACCAACAACGCACUCAAUACGCGUUUCAAAGAAAUUUACUCGUUUCUCAUCCGCAGGUCAUUGUGUUGCGGAUAUUAUUAUAAUAAAGAUGGAGAGCAAUAAAAUGAAACGCACAACCACCAGAGAGCAAUUUAAAGGUUUAAUAUCUCGUAUGAAGGAGCAUCCUGAUAUUGCAAAAAAUUUUACCAGAAGUGCUCCUAACGAGGUAGAGCAAUUUUGGGAGAGUGUGCGUGAGGAACUGAAUUCAUUAGGGCCUCCAUCGAAGAGUAUUUUAGAAUGGAAAAGGUUUGUUGAUAAUUCAAAAGUUCAUUGA